GUCACUGCUCGUGGCGCAUCGGGUUGCGGAAUAGCAAUGGCGGCUAAUGCGGACUCGGAAACUGAGGAUCCGCUGCGGUGCUUCGUGCGGGCUUUGGAGAAGCGGGAUGGCACGAUAUUGCGACUGCAGCAGUACGGCUCUGGUGGCGUGGGCUGUGUGGUUUGGGACGCUGCCAUUGUCCUUUCUAAAUACUUAGAAACACCUGGGUUUUCUGGCGACGGCGCCCACGCGUUGAGCCAGCGGUCGGUACUGGAACUGGGCUCUGGCACGGGGGCUGUGGGACUUAUGGCCGCUACUCUCGGGGCAGAUGUUGUAGUCACCGACCUUGAGGAAUUGCAAGACUUACUGAAGAUGAAUAUUAAUAUGAACAAACACCUUGUCACUGGUUCUAUUCAAGCCAAGGUACUGAAAUGGGGGGAAGAAACGGAAGACUUUCCUUCUCCACCAGACUACAUACUGAUGGCCGACUGCAUUUACUACGAGGAGUCUUUGGAACCAUUGCUGAAAACCCUAAAAGAUCUCAGUGGAUCUGAGACUUGUAUAAUAUGUUGUUAUGAACAACGAACAAUGGGAAAAAAUCCAGAAAUUGAGAAAAAAUAUUUUGAGCUCCUUCAACUGGACUUUGACUUUGAAAAAAUUCCUUUGGAAAAACAUGAUGAAGAAUAUCGAAGUGAAGAGAUUCAUAUUUUAUACAUCAGGAAAAAAAAAUUGAAAUUUCCAUCAUGAAGCCUCUAACCAGUUUAUCCAAGCUUCAUAACAACCUGGAUAACUUAAGAUGUGAAUGAAGCAUGUGAAUACAGCAUGGGAAGAUUAUGUUCAUAGAUUUUUCCAGCAUGUUCUUAAAGAUUCAAUACAUAGAUGGCAACCACCUUGGGCUGCCUACAGUA